UUUUAUUUUUAUGGUGUGUUUUGCCAGCCAGGUAUUUGGGAGUCCAUUAUGGAAAGAGUACUUCAGUGUCCAGGUAAGAGAAGGCAAAACUGAUUUCCAACAAAAAGUCGAAAUCGACAUGGCCAAACAACAGACAUAUCUUCAUGUUCCGGCUCACAACGACUUACAAGAGACGGAGACGUUUAGUGACAUUAAAGAGGGCUAUUCCAUUCUGUGUUACAAAGAAGAUGGAUACUGUAUUCUGAGAAAGGUGGAGGACACAGGGUUUGGUGAUAUUGACGGACUAAAGAAAGGCAUGGAAAACGUGCAGUUAAACGGUGGUGAAAUGAACGCUAAUACCGCCAUGGUUGUCCAUCAGUACCUCACCGUGAACCCAGUACCAAUCAUCGACCUUUCCUUUCUGAAAAAUGAUGCCAUUACAUUCCUGGGUGGUCGACCACUCCAUAACAGUACUACAUACAAGCUGCCGCCUAACGCCAAGUUUCUUGCAGAUUCCUCUGUAGACAAAAGGAAGCAAAAGCGGGCAGUAGAUAUUCAGCCAUCAUCAUAUUUUAUUUGCAAUUCAAUGCCAGAGUAUAUUUGGGGCUACACGACAAACACAGGAGGCGAACACAUCACUGUUUGCGGUCGUGACAACUACAAUCACAUCUGCCUACAAAUUCAUGACGCACAACACACAUUAAUGAAAUACUUGUGUUGCCCUGGUGUGUACGUACUUAGUAAAUGUAUAUGCAUGUCACAUACACAAGGUAUUAUAGGCUAAAAUCUUUUAGAGGGUUAGAUAUUUCCUCAAAUCCUUUGUGGUCAGAGAAAAUAAAACAAUAAAAAUUUGGAAAACAUGUGGUUAAUAUUUAAAACGUAAAACAAUUGGAAAUUGCCCCAUUUUGCCACAACCAGGAAAAAUAACAAUAUAUUGCCAUAUGUAUUGUAUAUUAUAUAAUGUGUUUUUACAUGUGUUUGAGAUACAUGCCAUACCUCCACAUCCUACUAUGUUAAAUACUAAUGAAUAUGAUUCGAGUGUCUUGUCUCUAGUGGUUUAAUUGACGAUAGUGGUUGUGACUGUUAUGGCUGUUAUUGAUGGCAACGGGUAUUUUUACUGCUAUGAAUGGGACAUGUUUUUAUGAAUGGAACCGUUUCUGUAGGAUAUUGUCACCUCAGAAGCCAACGGGUCGUAACAUUGGCAGGAGUAAAUUAGACGAAGUGUGCGAAAGAUUUUACAGUUCAGCUUAGACGACAUCUUUCAUUGGUAAUUCUAAUUCUCCGGAUCAUAUUGUUUACCAAUUUUAUCUUAAACAAGUCUGUCGAUAGAGAGAACUACUCCCUUAUAGUGAGAAAACACCGUCUACUGUUAUUAUAAAAUCAUUUGUAAUGUGUCAUAUAGUCAUUAUGGGCGGCCAUAAGGGCAAAAAUUCAU